UGUGUCCCUGAAACAGCGGUGGGCCUGGUGGUCCUCCUGAUACCUGCCAGGGUCCUGGUGAGGGGUCCCUGAGCCCCGGGGAGCACUGGGGGUGCUGGAGGCCCUGGAGGAUGUCUGGGGACCUGGGUUCCGACCGUGGCCCUGGGUCCUGCCCUGGUGCCGAAGAACCACGAGCCCAGGGAUGUGCCGGGGGCCAGCACAGCUCAGUGGUCCCCCCGGUGGCUCCACUGGCCCGUAGAGCCCACCGCCACCUUCAGCUGCUGUGGGGUCCCACGUUGAGGGGGUGUUCUCCAAAACUCCUCACCUCCACUCGUUUCAUUUGGGGCUGGGUUGGUCCCUUCAGUGGAUCCUAAUUCUCACACUGCAGGGAGCAGGCUGUGACCCUGCUAUCCCCACCUUUUCCACACAAACCUCUGCGGCUCUCAUCCAAAGCAAGGACAUCUCCUUACUCGCUCUCCUCACACAGAAGUGCUCCUACAGUCAAUAGCUGCCUUCUCUGCAACGUCUCUGCUCUUCCCUCAUCCUUCUCCAGGUAGAGGAAGCUGGGAGGGUGUCCAAAUGGGAUGCUACAAGGGUUCCUGCCCUGGCAUAACACUGGUUCUUCUGGCUUUGCUGGACCAGUUCUCCCAGUAUGAUCCUCUGUUAGGACCAGUCCCCAUGCAAACUACCAUUUAUUCCUACCCAUUGCUCCUGCACUGUACUAGUUAUCAACAUGAAAGGACCUUCUUCCUUAUCUUACUCAGUUGCACCAAGAGCCCUCGAUGAAGGAUGCAGCUACAUUUAUUUUUUGCAAAAUCCCGUUUGCAAAGGGGCUAACAGAGGCUGGCAGCUACUGCCACCAACUUGGAGGAGAAGUACCAGCUCUCCCUGCUGCAUCUAAUCCUCGCCUGUAAUUCCUUGGAAGCAUGGAAGAGCAAAAACCUUCCAAGAGUUACAGAAGAAUAGGGAAGUCAGCACACCAGCCCCAUGGCUUGAGGACCCCAUGGAAUGGUCCCUGGAUGUGCUGGUGCAGGAACUGCUCUACAUACCUACUGCAAAGGGCAUUCUCCUCUUGGAGACCCAAAAUUGAAAAUGGGGGCUGGACAUUGCUCCUUCCCAGAGGUGAUUCUGUUGUUCUCUCCCCAGCCAGCGUUGGUCCCUCGCAGUGCUGCUUCUCUAAUGCAUUGAAGCUGCAGCACUUCUGGACAUGGAAGAAAACAAGAUAACCCUGGACAGCCUUGAGAAAGGCACAGAUAACCCGGGUUUCAGCUCCGUGGGGGAGGAGAGACUCUAUGAUGAAUGUGAUGGUCCAUGUGGUGAGAGCAAAGAGGAGAGGAGAAGAGAAGGGAAAGGGAGAUUCUCCUCCUGCUGCAGGAAGGCCCUGCAGCCAGCAUCCAAGGCAAAGCGCUUCUGCAAGGCUCAUGCCAAGGUGUUGAGAAUGGUUGUCCUGGGGCUCCUUGGAGUAGCCUACCUGUGCUACUUUAUUGCGGCCUGUUGGCUCAACUUCCAGCGAGCCCUUGCCUUGGUUGUCAUGACUGCUGUGGUUGUCUUCUUCAUCUGCUGGAGCCUCUUCAAGAAGCACUGUGGGGCAAAAGUAAUGCUGCUCCUCAGCCCUGUUUGGAAAUGCUUCCAAAAGUCCUGGCCGUGGCUGAAAUGGCUGCUGUGGGUGGCCCUCCUGGGAGGCCUGAUCACAUGGCUGGCUUUGGACACCUCCAGAAAUCCAGAGCAGCUCAUCUCAUUAGCUGGCUUCUGCUUUUUGGUGCUGUUCCUGUUUGCCUGCUCCAAGCACCAUGGCGCAGUGUCCUGGAGAGCUGUUUUCUGGGGCCUUGGCAUAGAGUUUUUAUUUGGACUCCUCAUCCUCCGAACAACCCCUGGCAUCCAAGCUUUCCGGUGGCUGGGUGACCAGAUCCAGUUCUUUCUGGGCUACACCACAGCUGGCUCCAGCUUUGUCUUUGGGAAUACGCUGAUUGAAGAAGUCUUUGCCUUUCAGGCUCUGCCCAUCGUUGUUUUCUUCAGUUGUGUGAUGUCCAUCCUCUACUACCUCGGCAUCAUGCAGUGGCUCAUUGUCAAGAUCUCCUGGCUGCUUCAGGUCUCGAUGGGCACCACUCCCACUGAGACCCUGAGUGUGGCAGGGAACAUUUUUGUGGGACAGACUGAAGCCCCGCUGCUCAUCCGCCCGUACCUUGCCGACAUGACCCGUUCAGAAAUCCACACUGUGAUGACUGGUGGCUUUUCCACCAUUGCAGGCAGCGUGAUGGGUGCCUACAUAUCCUUUGGGAUAGAUGCGGCAUCACUGAUUGCAGCCUCCGUGAUGGCUGCGCCCUGCGCCCUUGCCAUGUCCAAACUCGUCUACCCCGAAGUGGAAGAGUCCAAGUUCAAGGGCAAAGCAAGCAUCCGCCUCUCCAGUGGGCAAGAGCAGAACAUCCUGGAAGCUGCGAGCAACGGGGCUGCUGCCUCCGUGGGGCUCGUGGCCAACAUUGCGGCCAACCUCAUUGCCUUCUUGGCGGUGCUGGAGUUCAUCAACUCUGCCCUGCGCUGGUUUGGGGAGAUGGUAGACAUCGAGGGGCUCUCCUUCCAGGAGCGAGCUGAGCGCAUCGCCACCUUUGCACUCUGCGGAUUUGCCAACCUCGGCUCCAUUGGGAUCAUGCUGGGAGGCCUGGCCUCCAUGGUACCCCAGCGCAAGGGCGACUUAGCCUCUGUUGUGCUGCGAGCCCUGCUCACCGGCUGCUGCGUCUCCAUGCUCAAUGCCUGCCUGGCAGGUCUCCUUCAUGUGCCAACGGAGGUGGGCGACUGCGUGACCUUCCUCAGCACCACCAACUUCAGCUCCACCAGCUACACCAUGUACACAUGCUGCAAGCAGCUCUUUGCCAGCUCAGUGCUCACGAAUGGGACGGUCUCCUUCACAGGAGCCUGGGCCGGCCUAGCAGAGAGCGUGCUAUGCCUGACACAGUGCUGCGGGCACUACAACCACACGUCCUGCCUGGGGACAACCUAGGAACAUGCAGGCAGCUGCCCGCUCUGGGGCUGAGGGCCUGGGAGCACCAGGGUCUGCAAGGCCUGGCCCCAAAGGUAGAAGAAACCCUGGCAGAGACCUGUGCGUUUUGUCUUCUCCGCUCCAAUGAUAAUGGACAGCUGCGUGCACCUUGCAGCCAGCACCCUUAGGUGCUGGCCUCGUGGACACAAGGGAACUGCUCCCAAAUAAAUCAUGGAAAUCCCCA